AUGGGCGGCGGAAAAAAAGAGAAAAGACCACACGCCAUCGAUCGUCCCACUAUGCCGUACUCCAGGAGGCACGCAGAGGCCUACCAACUCCCAUUGGACAGAAGACUCAGGUUCCGAGUCGGAGGGCAUCGAAUCCCAACUCGACCUGAUGGCCCCACUACUAUCGAUAUAUGCUUAAAGACGGCACAACUGAAAUAA